UGGCGAUUUCAGGGGUAAGCGGCUUGUCUACCGUUUCCCAAACAUGACUUAUAAACAAAGAAAAGAGCUCCUUUCUCCAUCAUCGGAAGGUACGAAAUAUUAGUUUAUCUUUUUAUUUCACUUUCACUUCCUAUAAUGACUAUAAUCAGGUCGUGGAUUUUUAUAUUUGUGCAUAGUACGGGGCGGUGCUUCUAGAAUUUCGCUCGCUGUUGUGUCAAAAAAAAUUUUUUGCCUGGCUAAUCGCUCCCUUCUACUGUCCGUUAGCAGGAAAUGACACUUGCACACACCCAGAGAAGUGCGGGAAGGAGCAAUUAAACAUCGACAGUUCAAUCUGCUUUGUUGGUUUUUACAUCAGAAGGAUAACAUGACAAAAUAAAUUUUUGUAGGUUUUGUUGAAUUACUGUACGCCGUCGCGUAAAGUGCCUUUAAAUUAAUACCCGGCAAUUAACCGAUUCGUCUCUACAUUUGGAAAGCCUAGAGGAGCGUAUAAAAUAUCUUUUUAAUCCAACAAUACCGUAAUUCAACUUACUUAUUCUCGGAUGGACUGGAAUUUCCGAGACGCAGCAAUUGUGAAGUGUAGUUUGCAGUAAUGUGAUUUUUUCUUCAUUUGUAGACUUUGACGACGUGGUUCAAGUUGUUAUGUGAAGUUGAAGUCAAUCUAUGGCGUAAAGCUGAGUAUUUUUACCCAGGAAAUGAGGAGAAUCAAACGAGCUCUCUCACUCAAAGGCAAGGGAACAGAUGAUACACUUUCCGAACUUGCGGAGCAAAUGUCAUUCGAUGUGAACGGCAAAGACAAUGGUGGGUUACAUUUAGCUUUCAUGUAAAUAUAUUAACCUUUCGUCUGUACCUAAAUUAUUUCGAAAUUGAUGCUCAGAGAACUUUGAACAUAAUAUUUGUAGUUCAAACAGAUCACUUCUACUCAUUAAGCCUGCGAUUUUAUUGGCCAUGGGUAUUUUGCCCACUCCACACCGCAAAAUAUUGAAUGACAUUUUAGCCGAUGUUGUCUCGAUGUUUUUACUAACAUGUUUGACGGUAGCUCGCGAUUAAUACAGAUCCAAGUACUUAGCCAGAUAUUUCCUCCCCUUUUAAAUAUGCUAAGUUAAAGUAUAUUAUUGAUCCAGUGCGUAAAUAACAUUAAAGUUAGCGGCCUCGUAUAUGAUUUUGCAUCAAGUCUAUCAAGCGCGAAAAGCUUUGAUCUCGAAGUCAUGUCUGUAGUUUUUGUUAACAAGCAGAAGAAUUGAGUUUGCAGUAUGUUUACAGGAUAAACGCUUGAAUAAACAGAACACUGAUUUUAUUUCCUUUUGGCGUGUUAUAUUUACAUGAUAUCCAGUCUCAUUUGAAUGAUGCAUAAGCGAAUCUCGUGUCUUAAGAUUUUUUCUCACUCGUUGUACUGAACAUUCGCUCACGGAAAACGAACAUACUCCGGCUGAAAUUUCCCAUUUUUCUGUUAUUAACAUAUUACUUUGUCAAUAUUUGCCGGAUACUGAUCACCCUUUAGUGAGCCGUAAAAAUAAUAAUCUGACUGUAUUGUCAGUUUUACGAGAAGACAGAUUCUUUCGUGUUUACAAAGGUUAAAGGUGUUUUCACAUGACAAAAUUUACAUGUCAAACGAGUGUUCUAAUUGCGAACUUUCUUCAUGCUUUGUGAAUUUGUAGAAUGUAGCCGCUAUGUGAUCUUGGUCAAAUGUACCUCACGGCUUCGAUUCAAGAAGAUUAAGCAUUUGCUUAAAGCUAACGUCAAUUCUGUUACACUAUGUCAAUGACUUCCUUUCAGAUAUGAUAAACAUUUAAAUCUACAGCAUUGUGAGAGAAUUCUCGAUGCGAUAAGCUUUUUCAACAGCUUUGCGUCUCCUUUACAUAAAAGUCUCUUGAUUAACUUGAUGGUUAGAAAUAAAUAAUUUAUGUCUGUGGUUCAGGAAUAGUUUAUUUGUACAGAUGUUUUUCUAGCAGCAAUUUUUUUGAGAUAAAAUAGCACAUUCUUGGGCAUUUUUAUAGAAGCAACUUGGAAAAUAUACUUCAUGUUGCAUAACAUUUCCUCUGAUUAAUUAUACAUUUUGAAGAUUACAGCAAGUAGAUACCAAGAAAUGUUUAUUUUCAAGUAUUUCUUACAAAAAAUAUUCAUCUUCUAAUGCAGUUUUAAAUCUUCCUAACCCUGUCUUUUUCUUUGGGUCAAAUUUUUUUUGAAGUCAUAUUAUUUUGUACAGAACCAUUGAAUACUGCUGAUAAAUAAUAACUAAAUUUGUUUCUCUCUGGCCAAUUAGAUUUUUUCUUGUGUUAGAUAAAGUUACACACUUCAAUUUACUUUUUACUACAUAAAAAGGUUUGUUUUACAGUAUGUUUCAUUUGUGGUGUUACCGCAAAGAGUGCACCCCCAAUUAAGCUAAGUUGUGUAUUUUGAAGAAAAAAUAUUGACAAGGGCUAUACUUGAAUAAAGUGCCUUACCUAGUUGUGUUUGAUUCAAAAUAUUUACCUCGAGAGGGAGUGCUGAGUUCACAAUCUAGAUUGAUUUCUAUUUUUUUGUAUACAUUGUUCAGGGUGAUCACUAAGCUCUUAGUCCUGGCAAAUUCACCAAGCAAUUGCCAGUUGGAUUUUUGUCUGGUGAUUGCUUAGUGAGGCACUGGACACUGCUAUGGUUACACACUUGCAAUUAUUCACCAUCUUUAAGCCACUUCACUUGAAAUUUCAGGCGGGUGUCUAAUUUCUUAAAUGUAACCCCGACUGUUAGGGAUUCUGUUGAGUCUUUUUGGGGAAUGUUUUGACCAGGAAGUUCAAACAUUUGAGUUUGUUGUUCUUGGUCAGUGUUGUGUUGAAAUGACUGUUUGAACAAAAUAAAGAAACAGAAUGAUUAUCUGGUCAUGAAAAUGCAAAACUCCUUCAAUCACAUCAUCAAUCAAAAAUGAAAAAAAAAAAAUUUUUUUUUUUUUUCGAGAAACUCCUAAGUUUUCUUUUAGAUUGAAUAAAAUAAUAAUCAUUAUUCACUUGAGUGUUAGGGUAAGAAUAAUACCUUUUGAGUUAAGAAGAAUACCUUUUUCCAAUGAGUAUAUUCUUUUUUACCUGGAGGGUAUUUAUUUUCUAUAAGCUCUGUAGGAUAUGAUUAUCAUCGACAUUGAAGUAGCUCAUUUUGCUCUCAAGUACUUGAAUUUUCUGAAAUUUGAGUGUUUGUUUUUUGAGUUAAUUUGACUUAAUCACUCACAAAGUAAAGUGCACUUGAUAACUUUGCAUAUAUUGUAUUUAAAUUGACUAAAAAUGGGAUAAUUGUAUUUAUAUUUUUCCUACCAAAUGGAAUAAGAUAUUCAUGUACAAUAGAUCAAAUUCAAUUUAUUUGGUCAUUUUGUUAGCUAAAGGACAAAUUAUUUGCAAAAUGGAUCUUUUAAUUUUGAUAUAGUUUAAUACAAUGUAUUGUACAUGCCAGCCUGCUAAAAAAUAGGAAGUGAUUAUAUUUAGAUGCAUAUGUGCACCUCACAACAUAGCUUAGAUUCAAUUAUAUGUAGAUUUUUAUCAAAACAUGAUUUCAUUGGUGAAAGCGAAAAGUGUAGUGAUGACUCUUGCUACUCCUUGAAAAGUCACAAAGGAUAGCAGAGUACAGUACAAAAGUAUAGAGUUCAUCAGGUAUGGUUACAUACAAGCAAGGUAAACAGCAGGAUGUUAUUUCGUAGACCACAUUUACCAUGUUGAUAAAGAUAUGCAAAUAUAAGGAGAUAAAGGUUAAUGUCUAAAUGUUUUUCCUCAGCGCUGUCUCUUAUUUUAAGAAUGAAAGGUAGAAAAAAAAUUUCAAAUCACCAACAAUCCUUUUAUCUGUUGAAUUUUCAAGAAUAACAAGGGAUUUUUGGCGGUAAUAAGAGGUACAUGUACUACAAGCAGUGAAUUUUACCUGUUACCACCUGAAAAGGACCACACUGUUUUUCAUUUUUUGUUUUAUAAAUAGGGCUACAGCACUCAUUUUUUUUUUGCCAGGAGGUACUGUUUAUGCAGAUAAAAUGCUUAACUUCCUCUGAGAAAUUGCAUUUUAGUUUUUGUUUUGUUUUGUUGUUAGGUAUUUUUAUUGAUUCCUCUCAAUUUUUUUGAAGGACUAUUUGUCAUAUGGAAAGGAAAUAUCAUGUGAUAAUCAUAGUGUCAGAGUUGAGGGGAUUAUUUGACAAUAUUCUCUAAGCCCCAGAAGGAUUUUUUUAGUUUUAUCAAGUGUACUUAUUUUGGUACUUUUCUGUGACAUGCCAUCUAGGAAGUUGGGUGAUAAAUCAAUGAAAAUCGUGUUGUGGAUCUCCCUGCGAUUAACCAGAGAGUUCCUCAGGGUUUUUCUAUAAAGGACAAUAAUCAUAUGUCAUUUACCACCUGUAAGACCUCUGACUGCUGUCUGUUUAGCAUGUGAGCAGGCUCUAGUGUCUGGGUUACACCUUAAGGGCUUCCUUUCCACGCUCAGUAUACAAAAUAUUAAGUCACCAGGGCUAAUGCAUAAAAAAGGGAACUGAGUGUAUGAAGCUUAUAAAUUUCUCUUUGAUUUUCCAAGACAGUUAUUGGAUCCUGUAGUGCUAUAAACUGCCCAAUAGGGGCAUGGGGUUUUUAACAUUUUGAAUUCAAUGAAAAUGAGGUGUUAGAAUCUGUCUCACAUGGAACUCACUUCCAGAAGAGAUCAUGAUAUUACUGCUAUCAAAAAGAUUCCUUGUUGCCAUGCAACUGUUUAGUAACAGAUUACAGAUGAUGUCAAAAUGUGGUUAGAACAAAAAUUGGCAUAUGAGGUGCCAUCAAGUGUUGCAAAUGUUUUUAACCUAUUUUUAUGCCUGCUGCAUUCUAUUGCUGUACACGCCCACAGUCACAGGGAAUCUAGGAGCAUUAGUGAUGAGAUCUAAAAGGGGGGAUUUAGAAGAGUUAAGAUCAUAAUUUAUUUAUAGAAGUUGCUUGUGCUUCAGUUUUUCAAUGUUUAUAUACAAUGUUUAAAAAUUACUACUACUAUUUCUAUCCAAAAAAUUAUGCUAUUGACAUUGCUAAUCCUAGCAGUAUGCAGGACGCAUGUCGUAUGAACUUUGUAAUAGAUCCCGCUCACCAUAGAGUCUCUGUGGCUCAGUGUUAGAGCAUUGAAGCGCAAAUCCGAAGGUCUGAGGUUUGAUUCCUCAUGGGGACUCAGAAUUUUUUCUUUGUUCCAAGCUCAUGACAAGAUGAAAAAACAUCUUUCUUAACUUAUUAAAUAUUAAUACCUAUAUGUUCAAUUUCAUGUGUUACUAGGAUUUGAUCACCACAACGGACCAUUAAAAGAUGACAUAGAAGGUGGAAGAGGAUUUGAGGCAGCUGAUGAAUUCCUCCAGGUACCCAUGAGGAAACCGCGCUCAAAAUCAGUAAGCAACUUUAUUUAUUUAUUGUUUUGAAUCCUCUAAAUCAUUUGAUUCAUUAGUAAGAGAUGGGUGAGAAACUGACAGUUUUUUUACAUUUUGGACAACUUGGCAGGAUGGUAUGAUUGGUCACAUGCAGACCACACCAUGUAUUGGUGGCUUAUCACUGUAGACAUGAGACAAACAAAAUGAAUUUGUGAGGGUUAUGAACAAAGUCUUAAAAACUACUGCAAAUUCAUUGAUUAAGAUUUCAUUUAACUUUUUUUGAGACAUUAAGACCAAGAUGUAAUUCAGAUAUGCAAUUUUGAGAGCUUUAUCCAUAACCCUUUUUAGAUUUUGUUUAUCUUGUUUCAACAAAUAAUUAACCAUGAACUCAUAGUGUGGUCUGCCUGUGGAUUGGCAAAAUCCUUUUUUUAAAAAUGGUCAAAAGAAAGAAUUCUGAAGCAUCACUGAAAAAACCAGUGUGAAUUGUACAUCUACAAAUAAGGUUUUUUUAGAACUUCCUUAACUUCCUCCCUGAAGAUGACCUUAUCAUGUGCUUUUCACCUGACUUCUUGACUGUUUACCAAAAGUGGCUAAAAAUAGUGCAGUUUUUGUGCAUUGUAGUAUUGAAGUAUAGCAAAGCAGCACUGUCAAAUUGAACAAGUUUGCGUUGUAAUUUGCUGAUGCAUACUUUUGCUGAUGGUAUAGCAAAUUUAGAAAACUUGAUCAUUUUUUUUCCCUAAUCACUCAACAAGCAUAAAUAAGACAAUUAAAAAGCAGCAAAUUAUACAAUGAGCAUAUUUUACUUCAGCAGUUUCAAGGUGAGUUUUUCAGAUUCUUUUCCUACUUGAGGAAAAAACCAGUACAGAAUUUAAAAUGAAACAAAGACAGAAUCUUUGCCAUUAUUGUUGUAUUUUGAUUAAGAAUUCUUGUUAUUAUUUGCCUUGGUACUGCAAAAAAUUUCAGUUGACUAUCUAAUUCAGGAAUUCACAAUUUCAAUCUCGCACAGUGGUGUCAUAGAAAAGUUCAUUUUUGGACAAUGGCUUUGAAAACCUGAAUUUAGGCCUAGAUACUUAUUUCUCACUGGUAAUGCUGUGGGAAAAAUAGUGAAUAUAAUUCUUCAAAUUUUGCUUGAAACAGCUGACCAAAAAAAACAGAACAAAUGUCUGCCUUAUUGAUGUUUUGUCUUAAUCUUAAAUAUGUUAAUGGUUUACAGAGUUCAAACUUUACAUCUACCAUGUGGGCAUCUCUUUGUAGCUUUGCCAAGAUUAUCAGUGCUCCAAGCUGAGUUUGUUUAGUUUUCUUUUUCAAAUUUACCAUGUGGCAGUCAAGUCACAAGAAGGUUACGAAAAAGUACUAAAAUUUUUAAAAAGGGAUGAAAAAGUGAAAAUAACAUUUUGUGAACAAUUGGUAAAUUUUUUUUAAAAUACCCCUUUCACUGUAUUUUAGACCAUUGACAAAGAGUAAAAAAAAUUGUUACAGUUUUCUGCACUUCUUCCAAAUACAAAGGGUGCCAGAGUGGUGACUUAACUCUGGGUAACUCCCAUGAGUGACAAAGAGAAAAUUUCUCCAUACGUUAUCAAUUUAAUAUCAAGCAGAAAAUUAAGUGAUGAAAAUUAAGGAAAAUAUCAAUUAGAGAAUCACUAGUUGAUCCAAUACCAAAUUUUCCAAACUAACAGUACAAGAAUUGUAUGGCAGACAGCAAGGUAUCUCAUUUCUCCUUACAAUAUCACCCAUGAAACAAACAUGAAAGUCAUGAGAAUGUAGCAGAUGAUCACCAACUAAAGCAGCUCUUGAUUGUUAAACAAAUUCUCCUUAUCAGCCUCUUUGGAAAUGUAUAGAGAACAGUAUGGAGAAUAUGCAUUUUGAUGUUAGGGUGUAAAGGGUUAUUGCUCUUUAAUACAAAUUACACACUGUAAUGAAUUAUAAUGCUUUCAAAAUGUGACACGCCUCCUACAGGUGAGAGACAGGUGGUUAAAAGUUUGCAGGUGGUUUAAUUGAUUCAGUGAUGAUAAAAUAGUCAUGACAUAAAGGAAAAAAGUGUGAAUUUUAAUAUUAGUGUUGUAAGCAUGCAUGUGGAAAUAAGCAAGGUUUGAGGUAAGGUUUGCAAGAAACACAUGUUUUCUAAUCUGAGUAAAAGUUUCAAAAUUAAUUUUUUAUUUCUAAUUUGAUGUCUUAUUGGAUAUUACUACAGUAUUUUUGUUACCUUGCAAAUGCAAACAUGAUGGUCUUGGGAAUAAUGUUAUAGACAAUUACAAUACAUGUAUCCAUUUUUGCUAAUAGUUAUAAGUUUCUUGAAUUCAUGAAUCAGAUUCUUUAGUGUUAAAUGAUUGGGGAAGUGUUGUUAACUGGAAUGACAAUAGCAAUCAUAUUUGCAGUGUUAAGUGUGUAUUUGACUGGUUACAACAGCAUUGAUGUUUAGAAAAAAACAGUUUGUGGUUGGAUAUGAAAUAAUUUAUUGGUUACUGCUGCAGUUUUCAACUGAAUAUAAAUUGCAUGUUGCUUACUGUAGAUGAAGUUUGAUAGCAAUUACAAUUUCAAUCAGAUUCUUUAGCAUUCAAUCAUGCAAGAAAUUUUGAGAAGUUAUGUGACAGAAGUAACCCAAAUUGCAGUGUUUUUAUAAUAGUCUGGUUAAUUCAGCAUUAUUAUUGAAAUUAUGCAGUAUGGUUGUAGUAUUGAAAUAAUUUAUCAGUUGCUGAAACAGUCUGCAACUGAAUGUAAAUUUUAAGGUAUUUGAAUUUGGUUAAAUAACAGUUUUAUAAUGUUUACCAUUAUAGGCAUACCAUGCUCUUCAUUCAGCAGGAAAUUGAACAUUUCCACAGAUUUGUGCCUGGUUAUUUUAGUUAUGAAACAUUUCUGUAGCUAUUGCUUUUCAGCAGUCUUUAAGUGUUUUAUUAUUGAUACUAUUAUUAUUAUUAUUAUUAUUAUUAUUAUUAUUAUUAUCAUCAUCAUCAGUGUGGUUAAUUAUUAUUUAGGGGUGGCUCAAGGCUGGACUGUAAGAAUUACCUAGCAAUUGGGGGGGGGCACAGUGGUAACCCAGUAGGUACCUCAAGUGCCCACCUUCGAUAAGCUUGAGCAAAGCAGCUGGUUUAUUCAUCUUUUUUUUUUUUUUUUUUUGGGGGGGGGGGGGAAAUUACAGCAUAUGACGCAUAACAUGAAAAGUGUCAGUAUUUGGCUUUUGGAUAAAGUUCUUCAAAGGUAAUAAGUUAUUGCAAUCAGUAUAUAGAUGUACCCGUAAACUAUCAUGAGUGACGAGACAAGAAUUAUUUUCCCCUAUCAAUACAAUAUCAAGCAAACAAGUGACAAGAACAAAGAAAAAUAUCAAUUUGGGGAUCAUUAGUUGAUCCAAUACCAAAUUCUCCAAACUUAUAUUACAAGAAUUGUAAGGUGGACGGUAAGGGCAUUAAGGAGAAUUACAAAUGAGAUCUCGGGAGUGAAAGAGUUAAUCAAAGUUUCAAAAUCCAGAGCUUAACUAAAUUAAAGCUUUUUGUAAUUAUUUAAAAAAGGAAUUUACUUUCCUUCAUUUUAGACUGUUUCAGCACCUGGUGGUUCCAACAAACGACUCUCCUUACCUGUUCUUCAUUAUGGGUCGUCAUUGAAUGAUAUUUCAAUGAGGAAAAGCCCAGCCCAUCGUACAAGGAGCUCAACAGAGUUUGGCUCACACAAGAGUCCUCCCUUUGGCAGUGAACAACAUCUUAGUCGAAGGAGCAGGAGGAUGUCCCUGGUAAGUUUAUGAAUGAAAGGGUUGGUUGACGUUAGGCAUUAAUUUUCAUCAACACUCUUACAGUAUUACUUUUUUUGCGUCACUAAAAAAAUUAAUUUUUUCCCCUAGUCUGAACUUGGUUACGGAAAAAUGGAAACUUAUGUCAAGUUGGACAAAUUGGGCGAGGUUUGUUUUUCUUCUUAGUCAAAACUAUAACAAAAUUCUCGAACGUCAGUCAAUCAAUCAAUAAUUUAUUUGACCGCGUUAUCGUCUAAGAGCACAAGUGCUCGUUCAAAACACUAACGUACAUUAAAUCUACAAUUACAACAAAAAAAUCUGGUAUUAAAAGGAAAAAAAAAGAAAUUUAAAUACAUAAUUUAUAAUCUAUGUACACACGAAUAUAAAAUGUUAUAAAAAUUACACACACACAAAAAAAUUUUAAAUAUAAAAUUACAGCUGAAAUGAUUAGUUAUCACCAGCCCGAUUUGAGCACUAAUAGGACAGUGUACGCGUCAUGCUUGUAAUUGGACAGUGUAAUAGGACAGUUCACACGUCUCUAUCAUAUGUCUGCCUGUGAAUGUACACAUAUAAAUGAACGUUUGAACUUUUUGGAAUUUUUUUCGGUUGUCAGGGUACAUAUGCGACAGUUUUCAAGGGGAAAAGCAAGUAAGUUUCCGCAGCUACUUGAGAAAAAGUGGGUUGGCGAAUGUGUAAUAAGAUUAAGAAAUGUUAAAAUUUUACAUCUAGCACAUGAAUUACUCGCUUGGUAGACUAAGAAUUAGCCUACUUGUAGCCGUACCCUCCCCCCGCCAAGGUGAAACGGCGUUUCCUUACCCCUGUUUCCUCGCCUCCGUUUCACCUUGGGGAGGGGAAGGCGUGCAGCUGCACGUAGGCUAACCGAGAAUAUUCUAUCAUUUUCUGUGAAGUCUGUCGCGCGAGUUAAAAAAAUUAUGCGAUAGAAAACCUCGAUAUUAGCACGUCACGCGAAGCUCUCUUAAUCUCAGAGCCCUGCGCGGCGCGUUACCAUAAAUUUUUAUUUCGCUGUUUUGUUUUUUUUGGUCGUUUUUUUUUUAAUUCGCGCGACGAAAGCCUGAUUUGCCGAAAGAGAGAGCUCGUGGUCCAAAUGUUUGCAUUAUUAAGAGAAGAAGAGUUUUUAAGCAAACGACCAUUUUUUUUAAAUGCUUUUCUUAGGCUUACAGAUAACUUAGUUGCGUUGAAAGAAAUCAGAUUAGAACACGAGGAAGGUGCUCCAUGUACAGCUAUCAGAGAAGGUACGUGAGGUUUGUUUUUACCUUUUCCAAUCUGGUAUCAGUAUACACAUUCUCCAUUCUAUUCUCUAGACAUUUUCUGUGGCACUUAGGAGGAUUUGUUAGUCAAUCAAGAGACUCUUUAAGUUGGUGACCUUUUUCUUUAUUCUCGUGGUCGUGUAUGAUUUAGGUGUCGUAAUGUAGGGAGAAAUAAGAUGCUGAUCACUUUAGAGAUUUAACAGUUGAUCUAGUUUAUUACUCCGCAAUUACGCAAUUUUGCCAUAUUGCGGAACCACCCUUUAACGUUGGAACUUAUCAAGCUACGGCAUUCAUUGAAGAAAUGUAAAAUGGUUUCCGUGUUUACAUAGCCUGAUGUAAACACGCGGGAGGUUGGGAGAACACGAGAUAAGCGUGGGAAACCACGACGCGAAGCGGAAACACGGAAACCAUUUUACAUUUCUUUUAUAAAAUAACUAAUGAAAGAGGAACGAAAACCGUGUUUACAUACGCUCAUGUAAAAUGGUUUUAUGGCCAAUCAGAGCGCGCGUACUAUUUGAAUUAUUUUGUAAACAAUAAUAAUAAUUCAGUAACUUUCAACUCUAUGCAGAAAAUAGGAAUUUGCUUUUUAGAAACUCUGUAGCUAUCUGUCCCAAUGACGAGUAACGAUACUAACUUUUUUCUUUUUAGUGUCGCUCUUGAAAGAUUUAAAACAUGCAAAUAUUGUCACUCUUCAUGAUAUUGUACACACUCCGAAGUCGCUGACGCUAGUUUUUGAAUAUCUGGUAAGUGGUACCAUACUUUCUUCAGCCUGCAAAACAGCAUAACUUUUUUCGCUUUCCUCUACGCGCGUUUAUUAGGCGACCCGACCCAGACCUCCCUACUUUUUUCACUGCGCGCACCUCGUUUUAUUAACGUAACGCCUGGAACCUACAAAUACUCCAUUGCGUCCUAUUUAGUGGUUCUAUUACCUUAUGGGAAUUGCUGUUUUGUUGUUCGAUUAGGAAAAAGAUCUGAAGCAAUACAUGGAUGAUUGUGGAGGAAUAAUGAGUAUGAACAACGUCAGAGUAAGUGGAAAGGGCUUAUUAGUUUUUUUCUGACGUCUGCAAAGUUUGCUGCGCGAAAACAGUUUUAUCGUUUCUCUCACGCUGUACAAUGAGUGGCGAAAGUUUCAGCCCGCUUUACUUUAUCUUCUUCUUCUCCUCCUCUGAGUGGUAGGGUGGUUUCAGUAAACUUAAUUUUUUGAACUUUCAGAUAUUCCUAUACCAGUUACUAAGAGGACUUCAUUACUGUCACAACAGAAAAGUCCUCCACAGGUAGGGCAUAAAGAGCAAACAACUUUGCAGUUUCCCCAACUUUCAGAAAUUUUCCAAUGGGCUUCUUACACUAAACACUAAACACCCCAACAUCAGUAUGCAUAUUCUACAUUCUGUUCGUCAUAUAUUUCUCAUGGUACUGAAGAAGAGAAUUUGUUCCACAAUCGGUAGCUUCUUUUGUAGGUGAUCAUUUCCUUUAUUCUUGCGACCGUAAUGUGUGAUCCAGGGGGGAUUUUGUAGGGAGAAGUUAGAUGCCAGUCACUUCACUGGGUUCUAGGGUUAAGUGAAAAAGAAACUGAAAAACAUUCAUGUGUGAAUAGCGACUCACUUGUCGUCCAUGUUCUUACACAAUCAGUGAUCUUGUUAAAAAGUUGCUCCAGGAAAACUGCGCAGGUCAAGUUUCCGCGGUCUGUUUUAAGAUAAUCAUAGCCUACGGAUAUACUCCUCAGAGACGUUGUCAAAGCUGUAUCGUCAAAUGAUAAGGUUUAAUAUUAAUUUUUUCGAUUUCAGAGAUCUUAAACCCCAAAAUCUUCUCAUAAACGAUAAAGGAGAACUAAAACUCGCAGACUUUGGUGAGUGUGACAAUCAAACACACAGGCUGUAUGUAUAUCAGUGUUUAAAUUUAUCGCAAGCGGAGUACUGUAGGAGUGUGAAGAGUUACCAGUCAUUUCGUAUCCAGUUGAUCCUUAGUCGUCCCCAGUGACGAUCAAAAGUCAGGAGAUCUCACGAAAUACAUUCUUGUGCUUUACGCACGAGAGCUUGAAGAUGUCGAUUGUUGCGUAGGACAAGUUACUAAAGAGUCAGCCAAGAUGCGUUGAAAAUUUUACCAUUCAGUGCUUUACUUGUAUCUAUUCGUAUCCAUUUGUAUUUCUACAGUUGACACUCAUAGGUUUGUGCGUCUGUAAGUUUACAUAUUCUUUUGUCUAAUUUUCUUACGCAGGAAGUUUCUUUAGGUAAUCAAUGUUUGCUUUCUCGUACUCAGGCCUCGCAAGAGCGAAGUCAGUACCUACUAAAACAUACUCCAAUGAAGUCGUAACGUUGUGGUAAGUCAUGAAGCAAAAUAAAGGCACACUGUAAGACACGCAGGGCUUAUCAAAGAGGAGUAACAAGAAUCCCAGUCGCUUUAUGUUAUCAAAACUGGUUCAAGCCUGGUUUGCAGGCUUUGAACCGAUUAUUAAAAUAAAGUUUAGCCAUUGUUCAACAAAACUCCGUCGUAAACAGUCCUCAAGUUAGCCGAACCUUGUAUCUGAACAUUUGAUAUAAAGAACAGUGUUAAGAGGGCCGAAAGCUAACGUUGGAAAUAAUAACAUUUAUUUCGUUAAAUCAACCCUCUUAUAAAGAAUACCUGAGGCCCACUGCUUGCGUCAAACCACGGUUUGGGUUAGACCUCGUGUAGUUAACCGGCCCUUGAUGCUUUACGGCUCCUUCGUGUAACAUUCUUUGAAUUAAGGAAAAAUGGAUGGUUUUUUUUUUUUUUCAGGUAUAGACCGCCAGAUGUUCUUUUGGGGUCAACGGAAUAUUCAACACAAAUCGACAUGUGGUAUGAGGCUUUUUUUUUUUGUAUUUUCAAGCCCGUCACUCUCAAGCCUUCAGUGUAGUAAUUUUCUUGGGAAGAAACAACUGAAAUGACAAAACAAAUUAUAAUAAAAAGGCCUGUGGACUCUAUUCAAAGAACUCUUUUGAGUACAUUAAAACGGAUUUUAAAUAAGGAGAUUGAAACAGUGAAGCGUAAUUUUUAUAUAAAGGAGCAUAGAACUAUCAUUGAAAUCUCAAAAUUCAAGGUGUAUCGUAAGCUGUUGUAGUUCGAAAAAAAGACGUGAACGCGAUUGUGUUCAAACAGUUUCAAUUCAACGUCGAAAAAACCAAAGUCAAAGUAAUUCCAGUGACCAGUCAUAAGAAAGGUUUACAUCAUUAGCCAAUGAGAACUCAAAGUUAAAACAAGCCAACUGCUUGAGGCGCGGGAAAACGCGAAUGACCAUGCCGCGUUUAUUUUUAGUUUUGUAUCUGAUUGGUUGAGGAGAUGGCGCGAGUUUUCUAGACCAAUCGGAAAGCAAAGUCAACCAGAACCAAAGCAAUCCCGGAUUAUUAUCGACACUCAAUUGAAAAUUGCUCUUUUUCUUCUUUUCAGGGGUGUGGGGUGUAUAUUUUUUGAGAUGGCGACGGGAAGGCCUUUUUUCCCCGGAUCUACCGUAGAGGAUCAGCUUCAUUUAAUUUUCAAGGUGAGGGCAACUUUGUUAAUCAUCACCGUCGUCAAACGCAUGGAACGAAAGUGCUUUUUAAAGUCGCCAAGAAAGAUACACGUGUGAUUUUUCUGAAGGUCAGUUUGCCAAGCAGCAUAAGUAAGCUUACUUAUAAAGUCACAUGCGAAGAAAAAAGAGGGUUGCUGUUUACCGUACCUUGGAAGACGUAGGGUCAAUAUUUUUUCCUAAACCCUUUACAGUUUCUAGAACCUGCCCAGUCCACAGCGUGCGGCAGAAAAUUUCUUGUGGACUACUUUUUUCUUAACAAAUCUUCGUGUCGAAAAACUGACUUAUCGUCCCAUAAACAAGAAGAAACUUGCAUUUUCCUUUUUACCUCUUGAAAAAAUUCAUCGGGCAGCACAAAAUUUCAAUGUCGAUUGAUUUCCUUGAAGCAGCUGAAAGUUUCGAUAAGUGUCAUUCCUCUUGCUAUUCUCGCUGUCAAAGGUCAUACGCUCUGUGCCGUGCACAAGAGCACAGAACGGUAACUUUGGAUAGGGCUGGAAUCUGAAGCAUUUAAGCAUAGUCCAUUUUUUUAAACAAUGUAUCAACUGCAUUCCCUUUACUCUGAGAAAUGCAACACUUUGCCACAGACUGGUAACUGAGUACUCAGUAAAAUGUGUAUGUAAGACAAGCCCAGUUCUUUUGAAACGGCAGACACUGAGCCCUGAAAUAAUUUUGUAGUUGAGUUUACGUGAAGUUUAUUUUUUAGACGCUGGGAACCCCAACGGAGGAAACGUGGCCUGGAAUCACAACUAACGAAAUUUUUCUGUCAGGUAGCUAAAUUAAAAGUUUAAAAUGUUUUGUUUUAUUUUAAAUCAAGGGCUCCGUGUGUGUUCAUGGACCAAUUUUCAAUUUUAAAGAGUCAAAAGAUAUCCUAAACUGCACAUUGCGCUUCCUUAUUGGCGAGAAAAACUCGCCUCUUUCUCUUUUUACGCGCUUCGGGCAGUUUUCUUUGCUCUGUGACUGGUCUAGAAGACUUGUGCAAAAUUUUCAGCCAAUCAAAUACAAAACUAAAAACAAUCGCUACUUUGUCACCCGCGAUUUCCCGCGCUUCAGGUGGUUUCCUUAUUUUUUUUAGUAGUGAUAGGCUCCUUGUGUCACUUUUCUUUAUUCUGAUUGGUCAUCGUGAUUUCUUCGGAUUUGGUUGCACAAUAAUUGCUCAUGCUGAUUGUAUUUUCUCAACUUUUUUAUUUUUCAUUCUGUUUUCCAGGACGAUUCCCAUUUUACCCAAGGGAACAUCUUAUCAAUCACUCUCCAAGGUACAAUUGAGGCCACAUUCGCUAUUUACUACGAUUUUUUUUUUUUUUUUUACUUGUACCAUUUUUACUAUAUUGUUAAGAGUGUUAACUUCUAGAGUCUGCGCUUGUUCAGACUUCUGGUGUCAUAGAAACACAUCGGUCAAACACAAAGCGGGGGCAAGAAAGGUUCAUUUUCUGUCAGCCGCGCGCUAAUUUCGAUGGAAAAAGAGGGAAAUGUAGCAUGGAAAAAAAUAAAUCAGAUGGUGUAUUUUUAAUUUAUUUACAGACUUGAUAAUUCAGGGCUCGACUUACUUGAAAGAUUUGUCGAGGUAAGAGAGAUGUUCUUACCAUUUUGGACCGUUUCAGCCACAAGAUCUUUGUAUUAAUUCUCCCGACUGUCUUCUCUAUUCAUUCCUUAUGAUAUUCUAUCGAUACUGAGAGGAGAAAUUAGUGGAGUAUUUUACCCUUUAACUCAUAAGAUCUGAAUGUUAAUUCUCCCCACUUGCUGCUACAAAUUUCCUUGUCAAUUAGUUAUAAGAAUUUGGUGUCAGAUCAAGGUAAUAACCUCUACUUGAUCAGUUUGAGUAUUCUCAUUAGCUGUUUUCGGGAUAAUUUAAUGAAGAUUAAAGGGAGAAGUUAUCUGUUAAUCACUUCUGACAGUUAAAUGGUUACGAAAGUUGUAUUAAUCCGUGGAAAUGGUUGGACUUGUAAUUUUCAGGUUUUCAUUUUAAAUUGGUUUUUUUCUUUUCGUUUUAGUUUGUUGUGAAGGACAGAAUAUCAGCUUGGGAUGCAAUGAGACACGAUUAUUUCUUUUCUUUGGGCAAAAAAAUUCAAGAGUUAAAAAAUGGUAAGUCGUUGUGUAUUUGGUGUAUUAAAAAGAGCUUCCUUAAAACACGUUUGUGUAUUUGGUUAAUUUAAGAGAGCUUUCUUAAAAUGCGCUGGAUUUCAAAUAGACACAUUUUUACGGGCACGCGCAAGAUAAAACACGCUAGGAGAGCUUUUCGUCGUUCGCGCGCGCCACUAGAAACGCGCGCUCCUAUUAUGCUGCGCGUGCUUGAAACCAGUAUUUUCGGGCACAAAUCCCGCGCGAGCUGCUUGGAGGUGACUAAUGGUGAAUAUUCGGACCUUGAGCAGCCAAUCAGAGCGCACUUUCAACGAAGAAGUCAGUGAGGAAAACCAUCUUCUCUCGCUUGUUUUUCUUUUAAACUGAGGCUAACGAUCCACUAUUUUUUAUUAUUGUUUUCAGAGGAAACAAUUUUUGGUAUGGAUGAUAUUAGGUUGGCUAAGGACCCGGGCUACAGACCUGUGGGAAGAACGGGUAUUGGUAAGUAGUAAUUUCCUUCUUUAGCCGGCAACUUGGAUGUGGGUUGUACUUGAGUAGGAAAUGAGAAGGUGCGAGGUGCCAAGUGAAAGUCGUCCGAGCAGCCCACCUGUAAGCGUUUUAGCCCUGGGAUCCCCUGAGAGUGAUCAGCAUCAAAUUUCCCCCCAUAGUUUCAACCCCUGAAUCAAACAUUGAGGUCUGAGAAUAAAAGAAAUGAUCACAAACUCAAGAAGCUUUCGAUUGUUUGAUAAAUUCUCCUUGAAAGUGUUAAAGGAAAUGUAGAGAGAACAGUAUGGAGAACUUGCAUGUUGAUGUUUGAGUGUAAAGGUUUAAAACUGUAUACAAUCCGAUAAACUUUAUCACAUUGAUAUACUGCUUAGGAGCUUUAAUAUGCAUGGUUACACUCUGAGGUUUUGUCCGCAGUCUAAGAAGUUAAAACAACUUUUUUGGGGGUAAUAAACAGUACUUGUGGUUGUUACAAGUCAGAGAAAAGUCAAGGGAUUAUAGAUUUUUUUCAAGGUCUGGGAAAAGUCAGAGAAUUUGACAUCGUUGAGAGAAGUCGGGGACAAUGAAAUCUUAAGAUAGAUGUGCUUAUUCAUCUCGUCUUGAAGUCUUGCGGAAACUUUUUGUGAUAUCAGUGUUACUUACAUGUAAAUGUUUAGUGCAGUUAAUAGAUACAUCGCAAGCAUAACAUUGUCACUUGUACACAAGUUUAAGUUGGUUUGCGAAUAAAAUAUCACUUUUUUUCCUCUUUUGAUCGUUCUCUAACAUUUCAAAUUCUUUGGUAAAUUUGAGAACAUAAAACGUUUUGGAUUGGUUGAAUAUUGGUUAAGGAACUUGAACGACAAGCUGAUGUUGACUUUCUAAGAAUAUAAAAAAUAUUUGGAUGUGACAUCCAUUGUGCUAGGCGAAAGUACUUCUUUAUCUUAGGGACUUCAUUUCACUCAAGUCACAUUGCAUCCGUAGAUUUAAGAGGAAAAACCUUGUUGUACAGCAUAAUGACCUGUGCAACGUGAAUGCACGAAACAGCAGCUUUCAUCUGAAUGGUCACGCACUUGAGUUCUAUUUACAGACCCGCAAAGUGUAAUGAACAGUACUAAAUGAGUGAAUGUGUGCAAUAAGGUCACGCGCCAAGGUACCAAUUUUUUGCAUUCUUUCUUCACUAGGUCCUGGUAGAAGACGGCAGAGUAUGCUAUUUUAGUACUCAGUACGUCUUGUAUUCGCGCGGAGUCUGGUACUUGCAAGGAAUCAUCGGGGCUGGUUACCUCAGAAACCUACGUAGUUACGACUUCACACUUCACGCAAUCAAAGGAAGGUUUUAUCCAAUUAGUUACAAUUUUUAUUAAUUUUUAUAUGAAAAGAGAGAGUUUUAUUAAACUCUGAAUGUUCCGUUUUGGUAGAGGAAGUUCUUGGCGGAGAAAAACAUAUUUUGAUUGAUGGAGAGAUGAAAAAUUUAACUGAACAAUAACUUGGAUAAGCGAUGAAAAAAGAAUGGAAGCAGACCGAAAACUAAAAUGACCGGCCAAACGACCGACAACUUUUUAAAUUGAAACAGAAUUAAUUUCCUUCUGUUUGUUUCCGUUGCGAGGAAUCUUUCUCUAUACGUCAUCAAACGGUCGAUGCUCGUUGGAGCCAACAUAGCGGUCAAACGUCUGCGCAUGUGUGAAUGCUGUAAUGAGUUAGUGGCGAAGUUGUCUCCCACAUUGCAAACAACCACAUAAGUCAUAAAGUCAUGGUGUUUUAAACGAGUAUAACUUUUUUUGAGAAGCUCAAAACAGAACGGUGAAUCAGGAGGAUACCCGUACUUGGGUACGCUUUGUGUUCUAAAUGUCUCAAGGUUUUUCCCCUACCUUUGUUUCCUGUUACAGAUUUCUAGUAACUUUUCAAUUCUUUUCGUCUCUUCCAAGGGACAGCAGUUGUGUGUUACGUUUCCCUUUGAAAUUUUGCGCGGGAAAUUUGCGCGCGGCCCGCGCAUGCCCAACGUUUGACCGCUGUGUUUUUGGAGUCAGUGUUCGAUUCUGGCAGCGUGUUGUUCGUGACAGAAAUCUCUUUCAAGAGCGAACGCAACCAGAGACCCAUUUUAAUACCUCCGUUCUUUUUUACUCGAUGUUCUUUUCUUGUACAUAUUUUUAUUUAUUUUGCUGAAAAUUAUUCCAACGCAAACUUACGCGAGACGUUCUCUCUGUCUAAAUUUCUUCACGAGGAAUCUAACUGCAUCGAUCUUUCACAGAGGGGAGAGUGAUUCCUCGAAGAUUAAAUAUUUGAUACAGUAAAAUGUCGGUUAUAAGCCCGCUCCCUAAUUAAAGUGUCAACGAUUUCUAAACGGAACUUGUGAUCUGGUCACCCCUUCCCUCACCCCUCCCCCCACUUUUCAUCUCCAACCGUUAUACCUAACAAGGUUCUCCCUACCCCUCCCCGCUCAUAAUCCCCAUCUGUUCCUUAGCUUUCUUCCUUUCAUAAAAUCAUAAUUGCCGUGUAGUCUGAACAAGCUUAUGAUGAGAUUCUUCAAUGGAAAGCAAAGAACUUGCAGGUGUCGAUGGAUGAACCCCAAUUUUGUUUUAUUAUUGCUAUUUGUUGUAUCUUUUUUCUUACACAGAGAAAUUAAAUAAAUUUCGUUAUCACCUUAUGUAAGCUUGACCGGAUGUAACUUCCCUCCCCCCUCCCCUCCCCCCUCUCCUCCGCCCUUCCCACUCCCCCACCUCCAUUAUGUACUAGCCCUC